UACAAGAUCAAUGCCGGCAUACUCCCGCAGUCCCGUGUUCACAAUUCCGGCAACACCAACAAUCACCAAUCCCUGUAGAGCCCGGAUACUCUGCCAAAACGGCUUUAUCCUGAAUUAAAAUGGCAAACAAGUGAGGAAUCACGUGACCUAAAUGGGUUCUCACAUGGGUCACCACGGGUCACAGCUGAUGUAAACGAUUUAAUAAACAAAUGACAACCCUAACAGAAGCAGUUAGUAGCAGAAAACCCUUACCCUAUGACGCAGGCGUUAAGGCGAAGGUAGUUGCAAGGGGCAGUAUCUUGCACUACACCAGUCAAGGGCAAGAUAAGCAAUCCUUGACUGUGGCGUUAGCGGAUUUCUCUUCGGCAGUCAAGUGUAUUGUGUAUGAUGCUGCUAAAUUUCCACGAUUUGCUGUUGGGCAUACAGUUUCCCUCAGGAACAUCAUCAUAAGGAACAAUACUGUCAUUAUAACCAAAACAUCAAAAGUGUUCCUGGUACCAGGAAUGGAUGUCCCCGAGGAGAGGGAGCGGGAGGGCGACCACUUGGUGCAUCCUCCUCCAGCGCCGGAAUUGCCAUUGGACCAGGCGCUGAGGUCACCCGCAAAGUCAAAGGUGACCGUCAAGGGCCAGCUCAUACAGGAGGACAGCGUCAGGGAGGUUACUGUCAAUGGCUCGCCGGUGAAGUUGAAGGACCUCUUCCUUAAAGACUCGACAAGGGAGAAAGUCAAAGUCACUUUGUGGAGACCAGCUCCAACUGAGGCCAAGCCGGGUGACUUUGUUGUGAUUAGUGACUGUGUGGUAAACAGUUACAAGAAUGAGGUGUCGCUCUCCUCGACAUCAUCGACCACCAUGAAGAUUGCUGAGGCACCGCUGGAAACCAGCCAACUCACUGUGGUGGGUGCUGCAGUGGAAGGGGAAACAACAGAAUUGCUCUUAGAAGAUGGGUCAACUCGAGUUGUACCGUCUGAAAUGUUUCAGACGGCUUUGCCAGCGGGUUCAUUCAUUGAGGAGUAUGUUGUUGACAAUGCCCCGUUGGUUGUUGUUGUCACAAGCAAAGGUGCCAGCACAAUUCAAGUGCAGCUAUAAAGAGCAACAUAAAUUUCAACCUUACACUCCAGAAAAAACCCUCAUUUAAUUCAAUAUUCAUUAUUUCAUCCACAAAGGCAUAAUAUCUGUUAGUAUUGCAUAUACUGGUGUCUCUUCUCUGAAUAUUUUUACACUGCCUUUCAUUCAUUUUCAUUUUUAUAGAUACAGUUUUUUAUAUUCCUCUAGUCAUUCCAACUGGUUUCCUUUUUCAAGAUAUGCUACACUUAAACCACAAGCUCUUAAAAUUAUCUUGUUAACAACAGUGCAAAAUUGCAAAAAAAUGAUCUCAUUUAUAUGUGAAAGGUAUAUUUGUUAAAAAAUAUUGCUGUUUUUUGCUUGUAUUGUCUGCAUGUAUACACAUUUUGAAAUUCCACACUUGAAUAUAUUUUUGUAUUCAUCAUGAUUCAUAAGGAAGACAAUUUGGUUGUAGCUUUAGAGUUAUGCAGCAGGGCUUCCAUUAAGAAGUUUAAACUGGAAGUAUAGACGUCCUGUCCAUCAAUUUUGAAAGUUUUUCACUGAAAUGUGGAAGUUUAAGUCUCCUGAACACAAUAUCUUUUUCCGCUAUUUUUCAACAAGAAUAUUAAAAAUCAAAUUAUUUGCAAAUUUAACUUGCCAAAUUCACUACUUAUAUUAUAAUAAUUCAUUUAUUGAUAUUUGAAACUUACAGCAUUGGAAGUUUUCUUCAAAGUUUUUGUACUUCUAAGCAAUAAAUUUUGUAAGCUUUAACCCAUUUAUAGGAAGAAAUAUACUUCCAAACUACCUUUAACAAAGCCCUCUAUGCAGUAGUGUUUAUUAACCUUCAUGGAGACAAGCAUUUGCAUUGGUUUGCCUUUUUGGAAGACAUUGUAUAUAUUGUAAAUAGAAAGUUUUAUACCUUUUGAUAUUAUUAAGUUUUAUGAUAUAUGUAUUAUUAAGUUUUAUGAUAUGUGCAAUUUCAGAAAUACUGGUUUUCAUGAUUGUAUUUCAGACUUAAUCCAGAAGCCAAAAUUAUGUAUCUUCCAUUGUUUUUAAAAUAAAUGAAACAAAUGCAUUACACAUCUGAAGAUGUUAAUUAUCACUAUUUCUUCUGCCAUGGUUUAUUUAUAUGACAAGAACUUUAAAAAAAAAUGUAUCAUUUGUCCGUCACCCAUAUAGUAUUGUGAACACCAAGAAUAUGCUCUCAAAUUUCAUAAGAUGUUGAGGAGUCUCCUUUACAACUUCAAACAGGUUUUUCCGUUCUCCGUACAAAAGCUCAUUAUGUACAAAAGCUAAAUAAAUUUCCCAAAAAAUACUAUUAUUGAAAGAAAAAGAUGUAUGGCAACUUUAUGUUUAAAUGCUUCCUUCUUGCACUAUUUCUGAUACUGGUCAUGAUAUUUUAUGAUUUCUCAUAUUUGUUUCAUCUUUCAUUGAAGAACAAAACUAGUCAAAGCAAAACAAGUUUUUUUUAUAUCUAAGUGCUGUAUAAAGGUGUUUCUCUGUGCAUAAUAUUUAAAAGUAGCUAUUCUUAUUCUGAUUCUUAUUGACCACAUGUCUCAAUAUGUUUAUGUAUAAUAUAUUUAUGUUUUGUUUACUUUUCAUAUAUUUGUCAUGUUCAUAUGUUAAGCACCAUUCAACAUUGUUAUUUCUGUAAUAUGUUUGGGACACUCCAUAAUUAAGCUUAAUGCUUUCAGAUAAUUUUAGAAAAACUGUUAUUUAGUGCAUUGCUUUACAUCAUUGCUUUAUGUGUAGAUUUAACAACAUCAGAAUGUUCUUUUAUCAUGAUCUUGUACAAAUGCUGUAAUUCCUUCCUCAUCUUCUCUUAACUUUUUAGUCUAUAUGCCGAUAUAGAUUUUUGUUGUUAUCUUGCCUUUAUUAUAUUGUCAGUUUUCUUUUUUUUGCACAGGUCUAUUUUUGUAUAGACUUAUGCAUAUAUAUAAAACAAGUUGUCUUUUAACUUGACUGCACAGUUCCACUCUACUGCUUUAAUAUUUAGAUUGUUCAAUAGUGCAGAAAGUUAAUUUCCCCAUUUCUAACUAUAGUUUUACUUCUUUGCUUUCAAAUGCAGACUUUUCAAUACAGAAAGUAAAUUUUCCUGUUCCAAGUAUAGUUCUACUAUUUUGGCAUUCAAAAGUAGACCUAUAAAUAAAAAGAAAGUUAAUUUAUUUUCCUUUACCAGAAUAGUUCUACUAUUUUGCUAUCAAAUGUAGAAUAUUCAAAACAGAAAUUUAUCGUUUUCCUAUACCAGUUUCACUCUUUCGCUUUCAAAUGUAGACUACUCAAUAAAAACAGUUACUUACUUUUCCUUUACCAGUAUAGUUCUACUAUUUCGCUUUCAUAUGUUUACUAUUUAACAACAACAGUUACUUACUCUUCCUUUACCAGUAUAGUUCUACUAUUUCGCUUUCAUAUGUAGACUAUUUAACAACAACAGUUACUUACUUUUCCUUUACCAGUAUAGUUCUACUAUUUCGCUUUCAUAUGUAGACUAUUUAACAACAACAGUUACUUACUUUUCCUUUACCAGUAUAGUUCUACUAUUUCGCUUUCAUAUGUAGACUAUUUAACAACAACAGUUACUUACUUUUCCUUUACCAGUAUAGUUCUACUAUUUCGCUUUCAAAUGUAGACUAUUUAACAACAACAGUUACUUACUUUUCCUUUACCAGUAUAGUUCUACUAUUUCGCUUUCAAAUGUAGACUAUUUAAUAAAAAAAUUUAUUUGCUUUUCCUUUACCAGUAUAGUUCUACUAUUUCGCUUUCAAAUGUAGACUACUCAAUAAAAACAGUUACUUACUUUUCCUUUACCAGUAUAGUUCUACUAUUUCGCUUUCAUAUGUAGACUAUUUAACAACAACAGUUACUUACUUUUCCUUUACCAGUAUAGUUCUACUAUUUCGCUUUCAUAUGUAGACUAUUUAACAACAACAGUUACUUACUUUUCCUUUACCAGUAUAGUUCUACUAUUUCGCUUUCAAAUGUAGACUAUUUAAUAAAAAAAUUUAUUUGCUUUUCCUUUACCAGUACAGUUCUACUAUUUCACUUUAAUAUGUAGACUAAUUGAUAUGGAACUUUUUUCAUUUUUCCCUUUCCCAGAAGAGUUUUACCAUUUCACUUUCAAAUACAUACUAUUCAAAACAGUAAGUUAUUUUUCUUUUUCAAGUUCUGUUCUAUUAUUUCACUUCCAUAGACAUACAUGUACUAUUCAUAAGCAGAAUGUAAAUUUUCCUUCUUAACUUCUGUUCUACUGUUUCAAAAGUAAAUUUUCCAUUCUCAUACAUACCUCCACUAUUUGGUUUGCAAAUGUAGACUAUUACUCUGAAAAAUGUCAAUUUUCCAACUUAUUCAGUAUAGUACUUGUUUGCAUCAUAUGUAGAUUAUUUAAUGGCAGAUUUUAUCUUUUAAAUGUUUUCUUUAUUUUUCUGUAGGUAUCUACUAUUUUGCAAGAACAUAGUUUUUCAUCUUUCUGUAUAUAUUCUUUCUAUAUUUUUUGUGUUCAUUAUUCAACAGUUUAAUGUUAUUUUUUACUGUCUAUUAGAAUACUACAUUACUAACAUAUGUGAAAUAUUCAAAAGUUCUUUUGGUUUCCUAAUUCUUUUCUGAAAAUUUCAUAUAAAUAUCUGAUUUAAGGAAGAAAAAGUGACAAUCACGAUGAAAAAUGGCAAACAUUUGUUUAUAGUUUCCUGUAGCCAUACAUAUCUCACAUACAUACUCUAUUCAAUUCAAUUCCCUUUUGUUUUUUUCCAUUCAAAACAGCUAUGCAAACAUGCCUAAUCAUGCUAUUUACAUCUCUUUCAUUUUUGUCAUUGACAUGUUACAUAUAAAAGCAGCAACCUGAUGUUAAGAAUUACCUUUCUUGCAUUCAUUAUGCUAUGUUCAAAAUUAUGUUAAUAAAGUUCAAUAGUUCCACACCACUGU